CACCCAUCUGCAGGGCCGACGCCUUGAAUCCCCGCCAUGUCCGAGCUGCAGGAGGAGCAGGGGGCGAGGAUCGACUGGCCUGACGUGCUGGUGAUCGUGGCCUACUUUAUCUUCGUGCUCGCGGUGGGACUCUGGUAGAAACUGGAGUAGUGAGAACCACGCGGCGCCGUACAAGCGAGUGUCCGAAACACAAACACAGUGCAUGGCGACAGGAUUCUAGGAAACUUCUCGUGCCCGAGGACGAGCCAAGGUCAAGUGGGCGGCGCUGGCUGUGCACGGGAAUUGGAGGCUGCUUAUUUUGGCGACCCUCAUUCCGGCGAACGCGACCGGGUGCCUUAGGCGGAACUGCUUUCUUAAAUAAACUGCCAUUGGGUUCUUCCUCUCGGCGGAGUAAGAACAACAGCGUGUCAGGCUACUUCCUCGCCUCCAGGGAGAUGCACUGGCUACCCGUGGGCGCUUCCCUCUUCGCCAGCAACAUCGGCUCCGGACAUUUCAUCGGCCUCGCGGGAUCCGGAGCUGCUUCGGGCAUCGGCGUCGCAGGGUUCGAACAGAGCUCCAUCUACACCCUCAUAAUGCUCGGAUGGCUCUUCCUGCCGGUGUACCUGAGUUCUGGCGUGUACACGAUGCCGGAAUAUCUCAGGCUGAGAUUUGGAGGACAAAGGAUUCGCGUUUACCUCUCCUGCCUGGCGCUCAUCCUCUAUAUCUUCACGAAGAUUUCGGCCGACCUGUACGCAGGCGCGCUCUUCAUCCAGCUGGCCCUGAACAAGAACUCCUCAGAGUGGCUGUACUUCUCCAUCCUCAUCCUGCUCGCCAUCGCCGCCAUCUUCUGCAUCGCCGGCGGGUUGUCGGCCGUCGUGUGGACCGACUUCGUGCAGACCAUACUCAUGGUGGGCGGUGCCUUCAUCCUCAUGUUCCUCUCCUUUAGGGAGGUAGGUGGUUUCGCGAAGCUGGUAGAGGAUUAUCCUUAUGCGCGCGCGAGCGUGCGCGCAACGGAUCGUCAAAAUAAGACCUGUGGAGAACCUUCGCCGUACUACCUGUCUCUCCUGCACCCAAUCCAGCCCGGCCUGUCCGACUACCCCUGGACGGGCAUGAUCAUCGGACUUCGGAUCAACUCUAUGUGGUAUUGGUGCACCGACCAGGUGAUUGUUCAGAGGGCGCUGGCUAGCAAAAAUAUGACACACGCCAAAGCAGCGUGUAUCCUCACAUCCUACCUCAAAUUCCUGCCGUUGUGGCUGCUGGUAUUCCCGGGGAUGGCUGCCCGCAUCCUGUACCCCGAGCGCGUGGCCUGCGCGGACCCUGAGGAAUGCAUCAAGAUUUGCGGGAGCCCUGGAGGAUGUAGCAACAUUGCCUAUCCUGAGCUAGUCUUGAAUCUGUUACCCACGGGAUUGGCGGGGCUGAUGCUGGCGGUGAUGAUGGCGGCCCUGAUGACCUCCCUCACGUCGAUCUUCAACUCCGCCUCCACCAUCUUCACGAUAGACAUCUGGUUGCUGUUCCGGAAGAAGUUCAAGAUCGGCCGGCUGGCGUCUAAGCCCUCGGACACGGAACUCCUGUUUGUGGGUCGAGUUUUCGUGCUUGUCCUAGUUGCCAUUUCGGUGAUAUGGAUUCCUGUGAUUCAGAACUCUGGCAACUCCCAGCUCUUCCACUACAUCCAGUCUAUCUCCUCCUUCUUGGCGCCGCCCAUUUGCGCUGUGUACAUAUUAGCCAUCUUUUGGCCGAGGACGAAUGAGGCCGGCGCUUUCUGGGGCCUGAUGACCGGGCUCCUUAUAGGGAUGAUUCGAUUCAUCGUUCAGUUCUCUUACCUGGUUCCGACCUGUGGCGACAGCACGCCAGACCCCCGGCCGUACCUGGUGAAGCUCCUGGUGGGGAAUGUCCACUACCUGCACUUCGGCUGCAUCCUCUGGCUCCUCACCGGCGUGGUCACCGUCGGCGUCUCCUUCAUGACAGAACCCAUCCCGGCGGAGUGUUUGUACCGCCUGACAUUCUGGUCUCGCCGCGACCCUCGAGUCAGACAGACGAUCAAGGGAGAGGAGGAGGACGAAGCGGAGAGCCUCGAGGGCGCAAGCGGGCGAAGCGAGAAGGACGCGCCGCAGCAGAUGGAGGUCGAAGAGUCAGGAGCGGAGCCCAGCCUGUGCCACCGCAUCGUGAAGCUCUUCAAACCCACAGCGCCCAGCGAGGAAUCCCCGGCCAGCGAAGAGCUCAGCAAGGAACAAGAGGCGAAGAAAGCCGCCGACUUCUUGGAGGAACCGCCAUUCUGGAGAAACUUCGUAAACGUCAACGCCGUGAUCUCCCUCACCAUCGCCUCCUUCGUCUGGGCCUUCUUCGGAUAGGAUCCUUUGUAUAUUGAAGAAUAUGUAGAAUAUGUGUAAUAUAUAGUAUGGUACAGAACUCGAGGGCUAAUAUGGUAUAUAUCAUAUAUUUACACUGCGGACGACAGCAUGCAUACGUUUUUUCUAUACCAAAUACAUUUUGGUGAGUGCCAGCUGUCAACAUUUCUAGCUCCAUGUCUGCUGGAAUUAUUUAAAGGAUGAAGGAUGACGUUAAAGAUCGUUUGCUGGAUCAAAAAAUCUUUUUGAAUGAUGCGUUAUCCUUGUCCCCAAUAGUGCAGUUUCGUUUAUCUGAAUACCAUUGUAUCAUGUAAUUUGUAAAGUCGGUAUCUUUACAAAACCAAAUAUGAUAUCAGUCUUUCGUACAAAUUAGUACUCAACUGAAUUCAGUCAGUUGUUUAUAUUUGACAUUUCUUGUUAUUGUACAUCAUGCAGGGUGUAGCAGUAUUUCAUAAGCAAAUAUUUAUGUAUAUAGAUCACGUGAAAUAUAUGUUUUUUUUCAUAA